AUGUCGUUCCGUUUGGCAUGUUUUCUUGGUCUCGUGGCAACAGCCACUUGCAUCCCAACUAUCAAUGUCCAAAAAAGAACAACUAGAACGAGUGCCCCCUCGGGUUGUCUUACUGUCGGUACCAGUGGUACUUAUAGUACUAUUAGUGAUGCACUGACAGAACUUGCUUCUUCCACAUCCACUGCAUGCAUUUACAUUUCCGCGGGGACUUAUGAAGAACAACUAACCAUUGACUACGGAGGAUCAUUGACUCUCUACGGCGAGACCACCAACACUGGAACAUACAAGGAAAACACCGUGACUAUUACCCAUACUAUAUCGUCAUCUGAAGCGGGGUCGCUAGACUUGAGUUCUACUAUCAAUGUCGUAUCUGAUGGAUUCAGAAUGUACAACAUCAACGUAGUCAAUGGGUACGGAGAGGGGGCUCAGGCUGUCGCAUUGACCGCCAAUGCAAAUGAGCUUGGCUUCUACGCAUGUCAAAUCUCAGGCUACCAGGAUACUCUUUAUGCGAAAGCGGGAUACCAAUACUACUCAAAUUGCAUGAUGGAGGGUGCCGAUGACUACAUCUUCGGCGAUGCGUCAGCAUGGUUCGGCGAAUGUGACAUAGUUUCUAAUGGGAGUGGCUCAAUCACCGCAAACUCACGUGAAAGUUCUAGUGACACAUCAUGGUACUGCUUCGACAAUUGCAGUGUCGAUGCAGCCAGUGGUGUCUCUCUAGAUGGCGAUGUAUAUCUCGGUCGACCAUGGCGUGUCCUUGCUAGGGUAGUCUACCAGAACUCGGUACUUUCGGAUAUAGUUAACGCGGAGGGAUGGAUCACGAUGGCCGAUGGAGCUACGCCGUUGUAUUACGAGUACAAUAAUUCUGGGGCAGGGUCUGACACUUCUGAACGAUUGUAUGAGUCGUCUAUUUCGGCGGCUGUGGCGAAAACGACUGUUCUGGGUAGUAAUUGGGGUGACUGGAUUGACAGCAGUUAUUAA